AGAGAGCAUGAAGAUGCAGCUCACCAUUCCAACUCUCUCGCUCAUCGCGCUGGUGCUUGCACCUGCUGCCAUAGGGCAGUCGCCUUGCGUUGCGCCUCGUCCCGUUGGCAUUUGCGCAUCUACCAUCAGACCGUACUCGGAGAAUGCCUUCGUAUGGAGCGGAGCGUGCGAGAUCCCCGUUCCAUCGGAUCCGAGCAUGCUCAUGGCGGCGGACGUUGAGUUCUAUGACCCUCAAGAUGGCUGUGAUACCGACGCCGGUUAUGUUUUGACCUGCUGUGCACAAGGCGUUUCGUGUGCAGUCUACGAAGAUUGCACCGGGCCCGAAACGGCGCCCCCCGCGGCUGAACUCUACGCGUACCCGCCGGCCUUGGCGGAGGGGUGGUCAGUCGACAUGCCGUGCGCAGUAGAUAAUGCGCAGCGCGUGCUCGCGAACGUGAUCGUGUCGUACCUCCCGGGCAACUCGCCGUACGAGUGCACGACCCUGUGCACCGAGAAGAACUACGCGUACGCCGGAGUCGAAUAUGCCGACGAGUGCUACUGCGGCACUGGCUACGUCGAUGGCGUUAUUCCGCCGACUGCGAACUUGUCGGAUUGCGAUAUGCUUUGCUCCGGUGGCUACUACAACUAUUGCGGAGGGUCCUGGAGGAUGCAGAUUUAUAAAUCCAAUUAACGGAUCAGGGUACUCGGUGACGGAAGGGACUUAUAUACUCACAUAGUGUUCGUAGGAAGGACUGUUUGGUAUUGGCCGGCUUUUGCGAGCUAAGAUCCGAUAGGGUUACAUUUUUGUAUGUCGUUGGGAGCGUACGCCAGGCAUCGACCAACUGUCCAGAGAGGCUGUGAAACAACAUUC